UAUUUGAGAUGAAUGAAUAGUCAAAUAGCACUUCCUAUCACAAUGUAUUGACUACAGGUAGCUAGCUCUACCUAUCUCUUCUUCCCUGAGGAUCAGAUCAUCCACUGCGAGGGACGAUAAUACAGUAGAGAGUAAGGUACAGUCGCGAAGCCAUGAUAGAGAGAGAGAGAGCAUUGACGUUUCCGAAUUGGUUGGUGCGGUGCAAAGAAACAUACGUAAUACAAGGUACACCAGACAAGCUACUGCACCCACACGAGCCUCUCCUUCUCUUCCCUUCCUUACCACAGGCACUUUCACCGCAAGAAGCAGAAUGCAAAACCGUUUCGAGGGCAAAAUUGUGCCAUGUGCGCCAAGGGGGUAAGGUGGAUUUGUACACAUGUAGAGAUCAAAGGUCUGUGUUACAGGGAACCCGCGUGCCUGGUGACUCCCCCCUCCGAUGUUGCUCGCCCGUACAGAAGAAGCAUCGCCACACAGGCCUCGACGCUCGCUUAAUCACGCGUACGACAAUCAAUAAUCCAAACCCCGUCGCGGACUUCUGCCAUCCAUCGAUCAGAGGCAGAACCGCAACAUCAACUCAGCUGCCGCACCUUUUCCGCGGCCCAAGGCUACUUACUUUUCGUGAGAACAACAGCAACCAUGUAUAACUCCCACCUCCUCCUCAGCUUCGUCCUCUUGCUUUUUGUAGCCUUCAGCGCGAGCGGCGCCGUCGCCCCGGCACACCACAACGACCGCCGUCAAAUUCAUCUCGCAGCGCG